AUGGCCUGGGGGUCGGGCUUAAGGCCUGGGCCAUGGCAGGGAGGCUGGCGUUUCCUCACCGCGGGUGUCAACAGCGCGGCCUCUUUCCGGCGGCCCGGUCUGGGCCGCCGGGGUCUGUGGGACGCGGAGUCCGAGGCGGGAGCUUCCCCAGGGGGUCGGUCUCGCCUCAAGUCGUACGGUCUGAGGGGAGUUCUUCUGCGUCCCCGCCCUUUGUCCGCACUUGGGGUCUCAUUCACCUGCCCGCGCCUUCAGGGAAGGGUGGCGGGGCUCUCUCCGGCUGCGGCGGGCCGGCUCUCGCACCCCCUCGGCCCCGGGAGUCCCGGGGCUCGGCCCGCCUCCCCAUCGCCGUCCUUCGCCCUCUCGGCCCCCGCCUCGCCCCCCAUCGCCGUCCUCGGGCCUUCGCUCCGGUCCUCCGGGCUCCGGCCCUCCCUGGGGCUCUGCGGCUUGCCGGUCCGGGGAGGAGCCCUCUCGGGCGACAACGGGGCGGGGGCUCCGCAGGCCUGCAGUCCGGGGGCUGCUUCACGCGGCGGAGGCGCUGGGCCAGGAGAAAAAAAAAAAAAAAGAAAAGAAAAGAAUAUCACCCCACUCCACGCCUGGGACGAUUUCUUCCCGAGCUCCGAUUGCUUUGCCUGGCCGGACUUCAGGGACAUUUGCAAAUGGAACAACCACGUGCUGAGCAACCUGCUCUAUUGCCAGACCAACUACCUGGUGGUGGCUGCCAUGAUGAUUUCCGUCGUGGGGUUUCUGAGUCCCUUCAACAUGAUCCUGGGAGGAAUCGUGGUGGUGCUGGCAUUCACAGUGUUUGUGUGAGCAGCCCACAAUAAAGACAUCCUUCGCCGGAUGAAGAGCCACCCCACGACGUUCCUUAUGGUGGUCAUGUUCACCAGCGAUUUCCUUAUAUCCAUGUUUGGAGGAGUCACGGUCUUUGUGUUUGGCAUCACUUUUCCUUGGUUGUUGAUGUUUAUCCAUGCAUCGUUGAGACUGUGGAACCUCAGGAACACACUGGAGAAUAAAAUGGAAGUAAUAGGUUUGAAGAGGACACCAACGGGCAUUGUCCUGGAUGCCCUACAACAGCAGGAAGAAGGCCUCAACAGACUCACUGACUAUCAGCAAAGUGACGGAAGAAACAUAACUGACCUGAGAUGGGGUUGCAGCAGAAAUUGAGUAGCAGUUUGCCCUUGUCUGGACCUACUUUCUGCUUGUGUUUUUGAAAUAGUGAAGGGGUGGCCUGCCCUUCCACACCUGUGGGUGUUUCUCGUUAGGUGGAACGAAAGACUUGA